AUGACUCUGUGGCUCGGCCUCGUGGUGCUCCUGGGCAGCUGGGGACUGGGGGACUGGGGCGCCGAGGCGUGCACAUGCUCGCCUAGCCACCCCCAGGACGCCUUCUGCAACUCCGACAUCGUGAUCCGGGCCAAGGUGGUGGGGAAGAAGCUGGUGAAGGAAGGGCCCUUCGGCACGAUGGUCUACACCGUCAAGCAGAUGAAGAUGUACCGAGGCUUCACCAAGAUGCCCCACGUGCAGUACAUCCACACGGAAGCCUCUGAGAGUCUCUGUGGCCUGAAGCUGGAGGUCAACAAGUACCAGUACCUGCUGACAGGCCGCGUCUAUGAUGGCAAGGUGUACACGGGGCUGUGCAACUUCGUGGAGCGGUGGGACCAGCUCACCCUCUCCCAGCGCAAGGGGCUGAACUAUCGCUACCACCUGGGCUGUAACUGCAAGAUCAAGUCCUGCUACUACCUGCCCUGCUUCGUGACCUCCAAGAACGAGUGCCUUUGGACCGACAUGCUCUCCAACUUCGGCUACCCCGGCUACCAGUCCAAACACUACGCCUGCAUCCGGCAAAAGGGCGGCUACUGCAGCUGGUACCGGGGCUGGGGCUCCCCGGACAAGACGACCAUCAACGCCACCGACCCCUGA